AUGGGACCAGUUGUGGCCUUCAGGAAGGCCGCCAUCCCACAGCGGCGCCAUAAUCAUUCGCCACCCCUACAACGCCCCGCGGGUACCGCUUCAGAGCGGCCCACUGUGCCUAGUUCGGUUGCUGAUACACACCAUUGCCACCGCCACCAGCAGCAGCAGCCGCCGCCGCAGCAGCAGCAGCCGCCAGUUCGGCGGCACCGGCAGCCUCUGACGGCCGACCGCAACCAGCACUACCUCGAAAAGCAACAGGAGCGCCAGCAACAACGACUAGCUCGGCCGGGUGCUGUACGGAGGGAUAGGGUUGAUGGCAAACGGCUGUGCAGCGGAUCGCCCGACGGGUGGCCUGAUGAUGACGGCGGCGGCGCCGCCGCUGCUGGCGGCAGCCACGGCUGCGACAGCACAAGUCCCGCUGCGGGGCAGACGUCCUUUCUUGUCCAAAGCAUUCGCACCUGGGAGGGCGCGCUGCAGCUGCUGGAUAUAGCGGGCGGCCCGGAGGGUCGUCCGCCGCCGCAGCUUCAGCUUGAGUUAUUGCUGCGGUCCCGCCGUUUCAAUACCCGCGACCGCGGGGACAGCACCGUAGCACCGAUGACCACGUCUUCGCAUCACAACGGAUUAUCUUCGUCCGUUCCCACUUUCGCCGAUGCUGGUGCUGAUGCUUCAACGACGAUGUCAGGGGCCGCAGACUCGCAAAAUCGUACUUUGUUUGCCACCUGGGUUGAAGAGCCUAACAGCCGCAACUCCCACGACGCCGGUCGCGUGUGCUCCGGAACCAUUCCCCCGAUGCCGGUGAGCACACCUCGGUGUAGUCGCCGAGCGGCGGCAGGGAUCCGCCCUCGGUCUUUACGGCCGACGACGGCGGCAGAGGACGCGAGUUGGCGGGCCGAUUGGGAACUGGCGUGGGAGGUUGAGGUGCAAAGUCAAUCCAUCUGGCUGCGAGAACCUGCUCCUCAGCCGCCAACGCCGCCGCCGUCGCCGUUGGCGCCGCUGCAGCACGGAGUAGGCGCCGCGGCCGAAGAGCCCCUGCCGGCGCCGAUGCGGACCUCCCCGGCGGUGAUGCUGCCCGGCCACCAUGCGGCGGCGACGAUGGCGGUCAAUACCUGGGGGCUGGCGGCGGCCGAGCUGAAUCAGCACAGCCCUAUCCCGCCUAUGCGGACAUUGAAUCGGCAAGCUCCCCAGGCCUCUUUUCCGCCGCCGAACCAAACCCCGCAUGGGGACGUGCGCAAACAGCGGAAAGGACCGCCACCGCGGCCGCCGCCGGUGCUACAGCAGCGGGAGCAAGCGCCUACGGCAGUGUCGGCGGCACCGGCGGCAGUGGGAAGUCGCCUUGACGACAACGGCAGCCAUGCUGCGUUACUGGGUAGGGCUUCCUGGGCAGUCGAUCGUACUGGCCACCGCGUCGAAGACACCCAGGCAGCGCUCGCGGCGGAGGUCCUGUUGCGAAUCGUGUGUGAUGCUGUUGUAGUACAGCCUGAAGCUUGGACGAGCGAGGAGGUGGCGGCGCUGCUACGACACGCCGCCAAGCUGGCGUAUCGGUACCCCGGCCUGCUAUCCGCGCAACCCGGCCGCCAGCGCCACGUGCAAUACCAGUCGUCGACAGCGGCGGCGCCGCUGCCGUCAUCUCCCUCCAUCAAGCGCAACAGCGCCGUCAGCGUCCCUGCGGCGCAGUCAGUGGGCGGCCAUCAGCAUCGAGCGGCAUUGGACGCGCUGACUGGCGGCAUGGAUGCAGGGGAACCGAGCUCAGGCGGCGGCGGCGGCGGUGCGGAGCUGCGUGUACGACUGCAGCAGCUACUACUGCGGGUUGAUGGCAUGCUAACGCCGCCGCGGCAGGAGCACCCUGCAGCCGCCGCGCCGCCGGUUGAGCGCCGAUGGACCCGUCGGCCAGCGGCCCUCAGUGCGGCCGGCACAGCCGCCCCGGCUGGCGGCAGCGGCGGCGGCAGUACGAAUGUCGUCACGGCCGUGGCCGCCGCUGGUGCUAUGGCGGUGGCUACUUCGCCAUCAUCGCCGCUGCCCCCAGCCACGGUGGGUCAUGUUGGAGCUGGAGCCGAGACGGCGGUGGUGGCGGCAGGUGCUGUGGGUGCGGCGUCGCAGUCCCUGAGCGCGUCGGCGGCGGUAUGGGCCGUGUGGGCGGCGGCGGCACUUCAGUUGCGGAUAAGUCCGGAGGGGAGCAUCCGGCGGCGCCUUCUGGAAGAGUUCCGCCCGUGGCGGCGGCGACCGCCGCCUUUCCUUCCAAAGCCGUGGCGGCGAUCCGCGCCUCAUCACCCAUUGAACCACCGGGAAGCCAAAGGAGAGCGCCAACAGCCUCCGUCGGCGCAGCGGUGGGCAGGAGACUGCGCGGGAGGUCCCCAACAUGCGCUACAGCAGCAACAACAGCAGCAGCGGCCGUGGCAGUUGCGGCGGUUGAAGCUGCUGGACAUGCAGAAGCCGACAGUUGGGAGGAGGGGGCCACGGCUGGAUGCCGGUGAUGUGGCAGAUGUGUUGUGGGCAUUCGCCAUGCUGGGUUUACGGAUGCCACGAUAUCAUUUGGACAAAGCCCUUCGCGCUGUGUCGGACUCGAACUCACGACGUCUCGUCCUGAGACCCACCCGCUCGUCUGCUGCCGGGCUGGACCUCGGAGCCAAGCGGGACUGGGCCCGUGCGCCCACAGCUCACAGCCUGAGCUCUAAACCAGCAUCUAGCUCAGCAGCAGCAGCAGCUGUGGGGCCUUACGGAGAUGGCGGCGUCGGAAGAGGUGGCAGCGGCGCUGGUGCUUCCAGCGGCAGCGGGGUGCCUGCUUGCGGCUACCUGGCUCGCGGCUUGGCUCAGCUGCGUCCGUCUCAGCUAACGGCGCUGGCUUGGGCUGCGGUGGAGCUGCUCGAGGUGGUGGGGCAGGAGGGUGUGACGGCUGUGUGGGCGGCGCAGCUGUUCGCCGCCACGCAGACGAGGCUGAGCCGCCUCAGCCCUUCGCAGCUUGUGGAUUUACUGUGGAGCAUUGGCCGCGGCCGCCGCCGACCCACGGGGCCGUGGCGCCGCGCGAUGGCGGCGGCGCUGCUGACGGCGGCGCCGCGGCUGGUGCCUUGGCAGGCCGCCCGGGCGGCGGCGGCGUACGCGAAGCUGCGCAUUCCCGUUCCGUACACGGUGGCCGCUGCCCUGCUCAACACGUUGCACCGCAACCUUGCGACAGCGCAGCCGUCCGACGUGGCAGCCAUGGUGUGGGCGCUACCGUACAUCAUGCAUCCGUACACGGAGUUAUUCGUACGCAGGCAUCGCAAGCUGUUGUUGGACUGCGCCAUCUCCACGCAGCCCACACUGCCCUCCCUUGAGCCUGCCCAGCUGGUGCAGCUGGUUGACGGCUUUGCGAAGCUGCGGCAGCUACCCGGCGAGGAGUGGAUGCGGCUGCACAGGGAGGCCUGCAUCCGUCUCAAGUCCCGCUUCUCAGAGCCCAAUCGCCGCAAAAUCCGCCAGGCCUACGCGACCAUGCUGAGUUUGUAG